CGUCACGAGGAAAACGGAAGCGGAAAUGUGGAGGCUCACGGAGGUUCGGCCGUGGAACGUUGUUGUUGUUGUGGCGGUGGUGGGGAAGCUCGAGCCCCUCUCGGCUGGCUGCUGACGGUUGUUGUUGUUUUUCGCCGGUUUCGGUUGGUGUUUUAGGCCUUCGUCAUGGUGUGCGAGAAGUGUGAAAGAAAACUUGGUAUAGUAAUUACACCUGAUACCUGGAAAGAUGGUGCAAGAAACACAACAGAAAGUGGUGGGAGAAAAUUAAAUGAAAACAAGGCAUUGACAUCAAAAAAGGCAAGAUUUGAUCCUUAUGGCAAAAACAAAUUUGCAAUAUGCCGGAUUUGUAAAAGUUCAGUUCAUCAGCCAGGCUCUCAUUACUGCCAGGGAUGUGCAUACAAAAAAGGUAUCUGUGCAAUGUGUGGAAAGAAAGUCUUGGAUACAAAAAACUACAAGCAAACAUCAGUUUAAUUAUUAUGCUUUUUUAAAAAUUGACCCACUUUGAACUUUGAAUCAAUCAUUAAACAUCAUUACUGAUAAUACGAUGGCAGACUUCUAGAGAACUUGCAUGGGACAAUUGUGCUAUCUUAGAUCUAAAUUUAAAUCUAA